CUGUCAGUGCCAACAUGGGGUGAGGCUAUUCACAGUGAGCAGCAGCUCCAGCCUGGAGAUGAAGAGCAGACACACACAGAGGCAGCGACGCUGACAAACACCACUGUACGACCACCACAUUGUUCACAGUCCUGUUUUUCUCCAGUGGAUCUGUGUUGGCAGAUGAGGAACGACCGUGGACCGAAGAGUAAAGAGUGAACGGCGAUGAGAAUGAACGGCGAUGAGAGGCGAGCGCUGCCUGCCAUUGAUUAACGGCGCGGUGACUACAAUGGGAGAUCAGAGCAAAGCGGCGUCAGUGAGGAUCAGCAGAGAGCUCCCAGCACGGGGGACACAAGAGGAGACUGUCAGCCCUGCGACCACAGCGCGGACACGGCCUCGCCUCUAACGGCCAUCGAGAGGUGAAAGCAGCAUCAGAGUGAAGGUGUGGAUAAACCUUGAGGUGCCGUUGCUGGAGUUGCUUCAUGUGCUAUCACCCAGCUCAUCAGAAUCAUGGACUAUAACUCCAGUGCGGUGCCCUGGGACCCAGGUGCCCUCCAGCCCUCACUGGUCAACAGCGCUGUACAGAUGGCCCUCAUUUCGGCCAUCGUGUGCACAUCUCUUUUCGGUAACGUGGUGGUGCUGCUGGUGUUCCAGCGCAAGCCACAGCUGCUUCAUGUGGCCAAUCGCUUUGUGCUCAACCUGCUGCUGGCUGACCUGCUGCAGACUGUGUUGGUCAUGCCCUUUGUCAUCGCCGCUGCUGCACCUGGUGUCUGGCCGUUGGACGCCCGUCUGUGCCAAGCCCUGGUGGUCCUUAUGCACCUUUUUGCAUUUGCAGGGGUUAACACCAUCAUUGUGGUGUCAGUGGACCGAUACCUGGCCAUCAUCCACCCACUGUCUUAUCCUACGCGCAUGACGCCCCACCUGGGCACAAAUCUCAUCGCCCUCACCUGGCUGCUGGGCCUGCUGCAGAGCACUCCGCCCCUCUAUGGCUGGGGAACCAUCGACUUCGACCGACAACACAAUGCCUGCACAGUGGUGUGGUCCUCCAGUUACUCUUACUCAGCCCUGGUGGCCACACUCUCCUUCUGGCUGCCAGUGGCCAUCAUGCUGGGCUGCUACUGGAUGGUGUUCAGAGCGGCCAGACGACAGAAUGCUCUGGUGCAUCCCAUCCAGAGCAACCAGCCUCCAGACUCCCAAGCAGAGGUGUCUUGCUCCAGUCCCCAAAGGCAGCAGAAGCCCCAACCUGAAGGUCCUUUCUCAGCUACAUAUCCCAUCAGAAAUCGACACAGACGCUUCCACUACCACUGCAAGGCGGCGCGGGUGGUGUUCGUGGUCAUGGCAUCUUACAUUCUGGGCAUGGGUCCCUACAGCAUCCUGAGCACAGUGUCCAUGUGCUCAGGUGUCUCUAUACCACCCUGGCUAGCCUCACUGUCACUCGUCCUCUUCUUCCUGCAGUGCUGCCUGCACCCGUACAUCUACGGGUACAUGCACCGCAGUGUCCGUAAGGAGUUCCUGGCAUUGCUCUGUGGGCCACUGUGUGUCCAGAGGGGUCCAGGCCGAGGCUCGGCAGCCGAAAGCUGCUUCACAGUGACAGAUGGGCGAUCAGUGCAUGGCCCACACCUGCACCCAUCUGGCCCAGGCCAUUCGGCCAGAGUAUGCCCCCUCCGCACCUGGGAGGAAGCCGCCUCGUCCUCGCCCACGGAAAGGAGGUCCAGGGAGAGCCACAAAGAGACCACCUCCAUCAGCCUAAGCUCUGAGAGGGAGCUGACCAUGCACAGCAGCAAGUGAAGAGAGCAUGUUGGGUGCCACACAUUUGCAUUUACAAGGCGAGUGGGUGUUUAUGGGCUGCCAAACCCUGGAAUUUAUUACUACCUGGAAAGAGUAAUUCAACAGCAAAAAUACAUAGAAACAUCUGAUCACCGCUGUAAUAAAACAGAAAAAACAGCUCAUAUCUACGAAACAUUAACUUGAGAAAAGUAUGGAAACAUUCUUAGUUACACAUCUGUGACAAAAAAAAGAUUUCAAAAUUUGGACCAUUUUUGUUGGUCCAUUCAUAAGGCUUGCACAAUGUAAAGGGCAGCUGGCAAACACAAAAGAAAAAAUGAACAAGGAGAAACAUUUUCUGCUGCAGCGAUGUUUAGUCAGGAGUAUUAAUAUUGUUUUCUCCACAGUUUCAGCUGAUGAGCGCACUAUGUACAGAGUGCCAAAGUGUACAGAACCAGUCAAUAUACAGACUGAAUUAGGUUACAAAACCUGUUACUCUAAUCAGUGUAUUUGACAUUCUGUGGAGGUGACUUUAAUUAAUAAUUAAGUGGUAGAUUUAUGGAAUGUAGUAUAUUGUUUACUGUUUUAUAUUAUGUGAAUGUUGGUCAUUUGGUGAAACUAUGUAGAAUAUUUGUAUACUCAACCAAAAUGUAUGUUGGUCACUGUAAAGACAGGAAGAAACCCUGAUUUCUGUUUUCAUUUCUAUGAUCAGUUGUGUGCGAAUGUUUGGGUGCCCCUGGUUGAAUUACAUGUUUUUGUUGAUUUUAAAAGUGAUAAUAAUUUAAUAUGUCCUCUACAGAGAACACACUUCUGCGCAUUUUAAGACACAAUUGCAAUCACAUACAAAGGUCCUUUGCUGACUUUACCAUAUUUUCAAGUGUGGCCAAAUUUUACACAGAUCAGCCAUAAAAUCAAAUCCACUUCUUUGUUUCUACACAAACUGUCCAUUUUAUCAGCUCCACAUACCAUGUAGGUGCACUUUGUAGUUCUACAAUUACAGACUGUAGUCUGUCUGUUUCUCUGUGUACUUUGUUAGCCACCUUUU